AUGUCAUCACCAGAACCAUACAAAAUAGUUGUCGUUGGUGACGGGAAUACGGGCAAGACUUGCCUGCUAAUGUCAUAUAUUAAAAAUGAAUUUCCGAUAGAUUAUGUACCUACAAUAUUUGAUAACUUUACAACCCAGACAGUUGUAGAUAAUAAUGAGCACAAAAUUUCGUUGUGGGAUACGGCAGGACAGGAGGUUUAUGAGAAUCUAAGAACCCUAUGCUAUCCCAAUACGAAAUGCUUCAUAUUAUGCUAUGCGAUCAAUAUUCGACAGUCCUAUGCCAAUAUUAUAAAUAUUUGGAUACCGGAAAUACGCCACUAUUCCAAUAACGCUGCCAUUGUGCUAGUGGGUACCAAGUCGGAUUUACGUGUAAAAAAUUCAUCAAAAUUUGUCACCACCGCAGAGGGAAAAAGACUAUGCUCGAAAGUGAAUGCGGACAGUUUUAUCGAGUCGUCAGCUAAGAUAAAACAUAAUAUUUCGGAAAUAUUCGUGGAGGCUGUACGCGCUAUAAAGAAACAAGAUAGAACGCUACACUGCAGUGACAAAUAUUAA